CGAAGUGUGCUCCAGUGAAGACGAGAGCUCGAAUUUUGCAGAGCGAAGGGCAAGCAAGCAAGCAAAGCAAAGCAAAGCACAAGGGGAAAGUGGGGGGAUGGCAGGGACUCAGCUCGAUGAUGGUGGCCUCCGGGGCCACCAUCAACCCUCUUGGUUUACGCCUCGCAGACUCCUGGUUCUGUUUUGCUGGAUUAAUCUGCUGAAUUAUUUGGACCGUGGGACGAUUGCGAGCAAUGGAGUCAAUGGAGUGCCCGGAGAUGCAGGGUGUCGGAAAGAUGAGACUUGCUAUCAUGGCUCUGGGAUCCAGGGCGAUUUUGGGUUGACUUACUUUCAAGAUGGGAUUCUAUCGUCUGCAUUUAUGGUUGGGCUUCUAGUAGCGUCCCCCUUUUUCGCUCACCUGUCGAAGAAGCUAAAUCCUUUUCGUCUGAUUGGAGUUGGUCUUUCAGUAUGGGUGCUUGCGACAGCAGGGUGUGGCUUUUCCGUAGGGUUUUGGUCUAUCACGUUUUCCCGCAUGUUGGUAGGAGUGGGAGAGGCGUCCUUUGUCAGCUUGGCUGCUCCCUACAUACUUGAUGUUGCUCCACCUUCACAGAGUUCUUCCUGGAUCUCAAUUUUCUAUAUGUUCAUACCGGUGGGUGUUGCCUUGGGGUACGUCUACGGAGGAGUGGUAGGAGGAACAUUGGGGUGGCGAGCUGCAUUUUGGAUUGAGAGUUUACUUAUGCUCCCCCUUGCAAUCUUUGGUUUUGUUUCCGACCGUGUCUACCUGAAAGGAAAUCUGGAAAAGCUUCAAGCAAUUCCUCAGUCUGACGCAGAAGAUCAGCAUUCUCACACAGAAGACGUGGUGCCUUCGGAUCCGCAUGAAUCCCUCGUGUCAGGUAGUAUCCUGACUGAUAUCAAGGAGCUGGCGUAUUGUCAGCCCUACGUCACGAACGUCGUAGGUUACAUUGUGUAUAACUUCGUUCUCGGUGCAUAUGCAUAUUGGGGUCCCAAAGCAGGUCUAGCAAUAUUCCAAAUGGGAAAUGCAGAUGAGAUAUUUGGAGGGGUGACCAUACUAUCUGGUAUUGUGGGGACUAUUUGUGGCGGUCUUUUCUUGGACUAUAUAGGAGCCUCUCUUCGGAAUUCAUUCAAGUUGCUUGCAGUGGCGACAGCCGUGGGAGCCACUGGUUGCUUUUUGGCCUUCCUGUCACACAGCUUAACUGCAUUCAUUCUUCUCUUUGCAGUUGGCGAAUUUUUCCUCUUUUCAACUCAGGGACCUGUAAAUAGCCUCUCCCUCAUGAGCGUUAAUCCUAGUCUUCAGGCAUUAGCCAUGGCCAUGUCUACGGUUUGCAUACAUGUUUUUGGAGAUGUGCCGUCAGCUCCUCUUGUAGGCUUCUUUCAGGAUUGGGUUCAAAAUUGGCGCUUGACGUGCCUCAUUUUAACAUCCAUAUUUUACCUAGCUGCUGCCAUUUGGGCAGUUGGGAUGUUUUUCUUUGCUGUGGAUGGGGAGACGACUGGCACCAAGAACUCUUCAGAAGCGCGGCUGCUGACAUCGGAAUGAUGGAACUGUUGUAAUAUAGCGUUCAUACAUGUACACUUGCCUUGAUUUCUCUAUGUGUAGCUGUUGAAUUAUAAUUCUUCUCCGAAGAGGUAAUGGUUUCAGGAAUAAUUUGAUUAGGUCAGAUUUCUUUUGGCCAUCCUCAAGGAGGAUUCGACCAAUCAGUGAAUAUGGUGUUGCCCAAGGAUCGUGUAGUGCAGGAAUAGCUCACGCUGAAUUCUUGGGAUAUGAGAUAAACAAAAAUUCAUUGCCUGCUGAUUUCUAGGAACAGUAGGCACCUAGAAUCUUGAAAUUGGGAAGAAGUUUCAGGAAAGCGACCAUAGCAGAGCACCUGAGAUUACCCAAACCACCACCAGCCUGAAGUUAUGAAUUCUUGUUCGAGAAUUAAUAAGGUUUGAUAAGUAGAUUAAAUGCCAAUCAACUCGGGUUACACUGUUUCAA